AUGGUGCAUGCGGAUGAUGGAGUGAAGCCAGUGACCUCCCUGCAAAACCCUCUGGGAGCGUUUCUUGCCGAUGAAGACAUCUUCCGACUGAAAUGGAAGAAUGAGUCGUCGACCGACAAGACCCUGUCAGCCGCCGCCAUGGUGCCGUCCAAGAUCAUUCCCCUCGACCUCUCAGUGUACAGGUGCAGCGAGAGCUUGAUCGAGAGUGAAAGGAUCCUUCCUGGCCACGUUGGGCAGAUCAUGACCAAGAACCUUGCUCCAGGGGAGAAGUACAUCCUUGAUACGGACUGCAUGCUUGCUGUGUCCUCCACGGUUGAUGUGAGCAUCCGAAGAGCUGGGGGUUGCGCGAUGAUGUGUUUCGGGGGCAAGGGCCUCUUCAACACGGAAUACACUGGACCAGGACUGAUCAUCUUUCAAACUCUCCCGGCAGCCAAGAUCGCCGCUCGCCUGGCUCAAGUCACUGCGUCGCUGAGAGCCGCUGAGCGUUUGUGGCAGAGCGGAGCGCGCAAGGAGGAGACGGAGGAGUCGGGGGGGGAGACGGAGACGGAGGAGGGGACGGAGGAGGGGACGGAGGUGGUGGCGAUUAAUACAGUUGACUGA